GAGGGCUUAGCAUUGCAGAUGCUAGUGUUAUUCCAGUUACCGUUUCUGGUCAUACGACUGCACCUACUGUAAUGGUUGCAGAAAAAGUGUCUGAUCUUAUCAAAGCUGAACAUGGACAAUAAAUAUUACUACCUAUACAGUUUAUUAGAUAGCCACCAUGUCUUAGUAAAAAAAAAUGGGUUUUUUCACAAUUUGUAACCCCUUUUGUUACUGAAUUAACAAGAGGCCCAUAAUAUGCUUGGUUUGCUCAGCAAAUAAUUAUUAGAGGAACAAUCGAUAAACGCUGUAUUUUUCCAAGAGGUAAAAUGUGGGGUGGAACAAGUAGCAUUAAUGGGAACAUAUAUAGUAGAGGUGGCAAAUGGGAUUAUGAUACAUGGGCAGAAAUUGUUGGCAGUCUUGACUGGUCUUACGAAAAUGUUUUGCCUUAUUUCAGAAAAGCCGAAGGAGCAAUGUUUAAAAUCGACUUGGAUGCAAAGUAUCAUGGCUUUGAUGGCCCCAGUGUGCAAAUUUGAUAGAAGACACUCAUGGAUUGACUUCAAUGUUAUUGAGAGCUUUCAAAGAAAGAGGCUCAAUUGAGGUGGAUUAUAAUGGACGCACCCCUUAUGGCGUCAGUAGACUCCAAAAUUUUCUAGAUAGAAAUGUCCGUGCAGGAACAGCGCAUGCUUACAUAAGACCAGCGGCCGAUCGACCAAAUUUGCUCAUAAACAACAAUGCAUUGGGCUUUCAUCCCAUGGGUUCGGCAAUGAUGGGUACAUAUUCCAGUAACUCUGUAACCAAUCCAGAACUGAAAGUUCAUGGAAUUCAAAGGCUUAGAAUUGCAGAUGCUAGCGUUAUUCCAGUUACUAUUUCUGGUCAUAUAACUGCACCUACUGUAAUGGUUGCAGAAAAAGUAUCUGAUCUUAUCAAAGCUGAGCAUGGACAAUAAAUAAUACAUUUUGUUAGCUAUUCAAUUGAAAAUUAAUGUUAGCUUAAAUUUUAUCUACGAAGAAGGAAAUAAUUGGUAUAUAAAAUUCUAUGAGAUGAACAAUGUUUUUUUCGAGAAAGACAUCGAAUUAUUUUCUGACUGAAGUCUUAAUAAGUGAAAUUAUAACUUACAAAUCUUUAUUCAAUAAAUCAUUCAAAAAUGCGUGUUU